AUGUCGCUGCUAUCAACGUGGAGACAACUUCAAUUGUUUGACUUUACGCCUAUACGAGAUCCAAAUUAUCAAUCUCAUGAGCAGUUGUACUCUGAUCCAACGUUGAGUGCAAUCAAUGCAACUAAAACAUACUUGAUAAUUGCCGUUAAUAAUUCGGUAUUGAAAAUAAUUGACCCCAAGUCAUAUACAAGCAUUGGACAAUUUCAAGCCUACGAUAUAGAUUAUCGGAUAACUUUUAUUGAGCCGCUUCAAAACUCAAGUAAUUUGGUAGUUACACUCGCCGAGAAACAAGGGUUCCCUCUGGUGAUUAAACUAUGGGACAUCUCAAAGAUAUUGAAUAUUGAAGGUCUUGAAGAAUCAGAAUACAAGUUCAAAUUCCAAACACAAGUUAUUGUGAAUAAUCUGGGCAGUGAAGGCAUAGCUGAUAACUCGUUCCCCAUUAGCUGCUUCAAGUUCAAUUACGAUUUAACGUGUCUUGCCGUGGGAUACACUAGUGGAAAAGUUAUAUUGAUCAGAGGCGAUCUUCUACGAGAUAGAGGGGCAAAACAAAGGGUGGUUUACGAGAGUGUGGCAAAUGACCCAAUCACUGGUAUUCAGUUUAACGAAAAUGAGCAGUUGUUGUACCUAACAACGACAUCGAAAAUACUAACUGUGACUACUACCGGAAGAAACCAAGGGAAACCUUUGAGGAUUUUGUCGCAAAAGACUGGGGCUGACUUAAACUGUAUUGCUCUUAGUCAUGACCAAAAUCUAAUAGUGGCUUUUUCAGAUUCAAUAGCAUAUUACGAUUCGAAUAAGAAGUUGAAAACAAUCAAUUUCCAAAUCCCCAAGUCUAAGUUGGUGCGAUUUGGUCAAUUUUUGGUUAUGGUAAGUCCACAAGAGAAUGAAGGAAGUAAGCUCCAAACUAGAAUCAUUAUUUUGGACUCAAAGAACAGCCAUAUUUCCUUUAAUUUGUUAAUCCCAAACAGUGCCAUCAAGUUUAUUUUCAGAAUGGCAAAUGAAAUUUACUUGUUGUCCAAUGAUGGUGUUCUAUACAAACUUUUUGAAAAACCAAUUAAUCUGCAAAUUGAAACUAUAUUAGAGAGAGAAUUGUAUACUGUUGCUUUUAACUUGGCUAAGCAGCUGAAGCUUCCCACGAGUACCUUAUUAAAAAUUCAAAAAUUACACGGAAACCAUUUGUAUGAAGAGCAAAAGUAUGAGGAAGCGAUAGAUAUCUACAUCAAAUGUCUUGAUUUAUUUGAUAAGAAUCUAGAAGAUGACCAAGAAGAAUUCAUUAUGGAUAUAGUUACCAAAUUCAAAGAUGCAACAAUAAUUUCCUGUUUGGUUCAAUUUUUGAACAGACUCUAUGAAAAGUCUAUUGCAAAUAUUGAUCACAUAACGUUGUUAUUGUGUUGUUUGUGUAAAUUGAAAAGAACUGAUGAGCUAGAUACAUUUAUUGACAAUUUCGAUUUGUCUAUUGAUAAUCUUCAAAAUUUGAAUUUUCAAUUGAUUAUCAAUCUAUUUAAAGAAUGUGGUUUUUACAAUCAAGUAUUAAAAUUGUUGCAUAAGUUGAAUCAGCCUAAUUUCAUAGUUGAUUUACAAUUGUAUGAUUUGAAGAAGCCAAAACUAGCUUUGAACUAUAUGAAAUCGUUGAAUAUUGAUGAUUUAUUGUUGAUAUUAAUUGAACAUUCAAAGACAUUGUUGGAUUCUUGUCCAAUUGAAACCACUGAGUUGCUAAUCAAUGUGUUUACUGGGAAAUACAAACCAAAAGAAACAGAGGAAGCAGUGCCCAACGGUAUAAAGAGUGGUCAUAAUAACCACGAGGAGAAGGAGAGUACAAUUGAAUUGACAAAUUACGAGGCGUUUUUGAAUUACUUGACACUACGCGGAGGGGGAGAAGAAGGAGACAAAGGACUGGGGGAAGUGGUUGGAGAUGAGGGAAAAAAAGUAUCUACUGAUUCAGAAAAUGCCGAACCAACAUAUCUCCCACCAAAGCCCAACUUGAUUUACUCAAGUUUCACAAACCAUAUUAAUGAAUUUGUUAUUUUUCUUGAAGCGUGUAUCGAGACUUUUGAUAGGUACCAGGGAAAUAUUGUGGUUAAAAAAGAGGUACUCAUUACUUUAUUAGAGUUGUACCUUUCGCUAUAUACAACAACUCAGAAAAAAGAAUGGUUUGAUAAAGCACAAGGCUUGAGUAAUCAGUAUCAUCAAUUAUUGGAUAACAAGUCGUUAUUAUUACUAAGUCACAUUUACGAUUUCAAACCGGGCGAGAUCAAAGUUAAAGAAGAUAAUGGCGAUGAAGAGAGCUUAUUCAUGUCGUACCAAAUAAAUGAAGAUAUACAAGGAUGUUUCAAGAUUUUGGAAAAAUUUGGCGAGACCAAGCCUAGUUUAUACAAGAUGAUGCUUGAGUUUGUUAUUUCCAAGAAAUCGAUAUUUGAAAAGGUUAACCUGGAUGAUUUACAAGUGAUAAUACGACAGAUUAAGUAUUACAAGUUAUUUGAUCCCUUGGAAUUGUUAGAUUUGCUAACUGCAACAAACCAGGAAUAUUUCACAUUUGGUAUUUUGAGAAACUAUCUUUUGGACGUACUCUCCAACCAACAACAAGAAAUCAACAAUAAUGAAAAAUUAAUUGAAAUGUACGAACAAGAAUCAGUAAAGAGCUCCAUCAAGAUUUCAGAAUUGACCAAUCGUCCAUUUAUUAUCCAAAAUAAUAAAUGUUCAUUAUGCAAAUCGAAAUUAGAUUUCCCCAUGGUUCAUUUCAAAUGCAAGCACUCAUUUCAUCAAAAGUGCCUUUCAACAAAUUUGAUAGCCUCGAAUAAUGGAAAUCAAAGUUAUUUAAAAGAUGACGAAGAUUCAAAACCUAAAUGUCCCUUGUGUAUUCAAAAUAUCAAUGAAAUGAAAUAUGUCAAGAAUAUGCACUACAAAUUGAAAGAUCAGUAUGAUUUAUUUGCUAGUUCAUUACACGAGAGUAACGACAAGUUCAAAUUUGUUGCUGAUAGUAUUGGCAAAGGUGUUAUGGAAGAAGAGUCAAUGACGUUUGACUCAUAA